AUGGCCUUAAACCAUGAAGUAUGUAUGAUUCCUAUGUAUACAUAUCGUCCACGUCUAUUACUGAUGGGAUUGAGAAGAAGUGGUAAAUCAAGCACUAAGAGGGUAGUAUUUCAUAAGAUGCCACCUAAUGAAACACUUUUUCUUGAGUCAACAAACAGAAUUAAUAAGGAUGAUAUCAAUUCAUUUAUUGAUUUUCAGGUUUGGGAUUUUCCAGGACAAAUAGAUUUUUUUGAUUCAACAUUUGAUCUUGAGGGUAUAUUUGGACAAGUAGGAGCAUUGAUAUUUGUAGUAGAUGCACAGGAAUAUAUAUAUAUAUAUGAAAGGGAUGAGUAUUUGGAGGCACUUUCUAAAUUACAUAUUACAAUAAUGAAGGCAUUGGCAGUUAAUCCAAGUAUAAAUAUAGAGGUAUUUAUACAUAAAGUAGAUGUUCUUUCAGAUGAUUAUAAGAUUGAUACACAAAGAGAUAUACAACAAAGAGUUCUUGAUGAGCUUUUAGAUUCAGGACUUGAUAAUGUCUCUAUAUCAUUUCAUUUAACGUCUAUAUUUGAUUAUUCAAUUUUUGAGGCGUUUUCAAGGGUAAUUCAAAAGCUUAUUCCUCAAUUGCCAGCAUUAGAAAAUCUUCUUAAUAUAUUUUGUUCAAAUUCAGUUAUUGAAAAAGCAUAUUUGUUUGACAUUUCGUCUAAAAUAUAUAUUGCUACAGAUAGUUCACCAGUGGACGUACAAAGUUAUGAAAUCUGCUCUGAUUAUAUUGAUGUAAUUCUAGACGUUUUUGAAAUUUAUGGGAAAUAUAAUUCAAAUAAUGAAAAUAUAACAGAUGAAAAAGAAAUAUCAUCUGUGAUCCGUUUAAGCAAUGGGAUGGCACUAUAUUUCCAUGAAAUUAACAGAUAUCUUGCUCUUGUUUGUCUUGUACGAAUAGAAAAUUUAGAAAAACAGAGCCUACUUGAAUAUAAUGUACAAUGUUUUAAUAAGGCAAUUGAACAAAUCAUGCGACAAAUGACUUAUAUUUGCACUUGA